AUGUUUGUAACUAUUCGUGUCGUAUGCCCAACAUGCAUUGGGUUUUAUGACAGCGUGCCGCAACUCGCCACACAAGCUUCAUCUCUCACAGAUCACAUUCUACGUAAACGACUUGCUGUGGCACGCGCCGCGACACCAGAGCAAGACAAAAGGUGA